CAUUCCCCUUUCAGUUGGUUCCCCUCGUCUCGUCUGCACACAGACUACUCCACCUCCUCAUCGUCCACCUCGUCCACCUCGUCAGGCUCCUCGUCCACCACCACCCCGACCACCAACACCACCCCCUUCACCACCACUACCACCAACACCUCCACCACCACUAUCACUACCACCCCCACCACCUCCACCACCUCCUCCUCCACCACCUCCACCACCUCCACCACCUACUCCACCACCACCUCCUCCACCACCACAUCCACCACCUCCACCACCUCUACCACCACCACCUUCACCACCACCACCACUACCACCCCCACCACCUCCACCACCACCUCCACCACCUUCACCACCACCACCACCUCCACCACCUCUACCACCACCACCACUAGCACCAUCACCACCUCCACCACCUUCACCACCACCACUACCACCUUCACCACCACCACUACCAUCACCACCACCAUCACCACCUCCUCCACCACCUCCUCCACCACCACCACCUUCAUCACCACCACCACCACCUCCACCACCUCCACCACCACCACCUCCACCACCACCACUACCAUCACCACCACCACUACCACCACCACCACCUCUACCACCACCACCACCACCACCACCUCCACCACCACUACCAUCACCACCACCACUACCACCACCACCACCACCAACACCACCUCCACCACCACUACCAUCACCACCACCACUACCACCACCACCACCUCCUCCACCACCUCCACCAUCACCACCACUACCACCACCACCCCCACCACCACAUCCACCACCUUCACCACUUCCUUCACCACCACCACCACUACCACCUCCACCACCUCCAACACCACCAGCACCUCUACCACCACCUCCUCGUCCACUACCACCACCCCCCCCCCACCACCACCACCACCUUCACCACCUCCAACACCACCACCUUCACCACCACCACCACUACCACCCCCACCACCCCCACCACCACCACCUUCACCACCUCCACCACCUCCACCACCACCCGACCCACUGCACCCUCGGAGCCGUCGAUCAGGGGGGUGCGCCAUGGAACGACCACCACCACCACCACAACAGCCACCACAACAACAACAACAACAGCCACCACCACAACAACAACAGCCACCACCACCACAACAACAGCCACCACAACAACAACAACAACAGCCACCACAACAACAACAACAGCCACCACCACAACAACAACAGCCACCACCACCACCACCACAACAGCCACCACCACCACAACAGCCACCACCACAACAGCCACCACAACAACAGCCACCACCACAACAACAGCCACCACAACAACAACAACAGCCACCACCACCACAACAACAGCCACCACCACCACCACGUGGGAACUGUCAAGCCAUCGUUGAGGAUCAGCUGGGCAAGCCACGUGGCCAUCACGAUGAGAACGUGACUGCUGAUGGUGGUGGUGAUGGUGGUGGUGAUGGUGGUGGUGAUGGUGGUGGUGAUGGUGGUGGUGAUGGUGGUGGUGAUGUUGGUGGUGGUGAUGGUGGUGGUGGUGAUGUUGGUGGUGGUGAUGGUGGUGGUGAUGGUGGUGGUGAUGGUGGUGGUGAUGUCGGUGGUGGUGAUGGUGGUGAUGGUGGUGAUGGUGGUGGUGAUGGUGGUGGUGGUGAUGGUGGUGGUGAUGGUGGUGGUGGUGAUGUUGGUGGUGAUGGUGGCGAUGUCGGUGAUGGUGCUGACGAAGCACCUGACACCUCACCGCCCGUCAGCGCCGUGGAUGCCAGCAGAGGGCUGAGCAUUCAGGUCCUGCCGGAGAGACAUCUCUGGACACAGCUGCGUGCUGUACCCUGCUCGCCAACUCUCGACCGAGACACCGCGCACGCAACGCUCCGGAUCUCCGCAGACCUCAGGUCCGUCGAGAGGUACCAGCCUCCCCCAGCGCCACCACCACCACCGCCACCACCACCACCAGCAGCAGCAGCAUCAGCCGGUCAACGAACACAACAAAAGGUUCCAGGACUGGUACCAGGUCCUCUGCUCCGAGAGCAUCCCGCCUGGCCGCCACUACUGGGAGGUGGACCUCAAGGACUCCAACUGGUGCGAGGUCGGCGUCACGCUCGGCAGCAUCCGUCGCGAGGGUUUCCAAGCCGCCUGCAGUCUUGGGGGCGGACCUGGCAGCUGGUGCCUCUGGAAGUGGCACGACGACUUCUACACACGGCACAGGGGGCUACGGGAGCCGCUCGCUGCGUCGACGGGGCGGGAGGAGUGUGCACCGGGGCCCGCCAGGAUCGGACUGUUGCUUGACACCGGGGCUGAGGAGUCAGAGGGCCGGCUGGAGUUCUACGAUGCGGAGACAAGGCGGCUGCUCCACCGAUUCGAGGGCAGCUUUGCGGGCGCGUUGUACUUCGCACUGGCGGUUUACGAGGGUCGGGUGACGAUCGGGGAGAUCUGCGAGCGAGUUUAAGAGGUCGUCCGGAGCGGCGGACUUCUUGAUUCUGGCUAAUGUUGAUUUGAAGCUUUUUCGUGACUGCAGGAAUCCAUACUCUAUGGUUGUUUCGGUAAAGUCCACGUAGGUAGAAAAGUAAAAAUAAUACAAAUAUUAAGUUCAUUUUUAAAUAAAAUAUUUAUUUUUGAAAAUAAUAAAAGCAAAAUUGCGACUUAAAUUUUUACUUAAAACUUUCGUGACUGCAGGAAUUCAUACUCUAUGGUUGUUUCGGUAAAGUCCACGUAGGUAGAAACAAUUAUAAUAGAUCAGGACGUUUCGAUCGCCACAACAAGCAACCUUCUUCAGUCACGAAGGCUUCAAAUCAAGAUGGAAAGUUGAAUGAAUUAACAACGAUUUUGACUUCCGCAACAAGGUUCAACUGCAGUAGCGACCUCUUCAACUGCUAAACCCAAUACUGCACUUCAGCCCUGAAACUCCCUUGCAUCCUAAAGCCUUGAAGAGCACCUGUCACCUGAGCGCUGAGCGUCGUCCCCCCACAAAGAGGAGAGACGCAGGCUUGUAGUCUAACGUUCUUGUACUUUAUUUUACAUUCAAUCUCGGCUUAAAGCUUUCGUGACGGCGGGAAUUCAUAUUCUUGGGUCGUUCGGUAAAGUCACGUAGAUAGGUGCAAAGAAAAUUACAAAAAAAUAACAAAAAACUAUGACGUUUUGAUCGCAACACAAGCGGUCGUCUUUUUCCUGAACAACUACACUACUAUACACUACACUAUACACUACACUACACUAUACACUACACUAUAUAAUACACUACUAUACACUACACUAUACACUACACUACUAUAUCUUCUUGGUUCUUUCGGUAAAGUCACGUAG